AUGAUGAUGGGCAACCCGAGAUUCAAGGAGAAACAUGUUCAUGAUGUAGCCACUCUUUGUUGAUUCCCCUGCGACAAAAGAGCGUGUCCACUACUAACAAAGAGAGGAGAUAUCCCUGUUUGUCCAUUUUGAAGGCAAUACAGCCGUAACGAGCAAAGGCACGGGUGUAACGUUAACGUCAUUCUAUCAGGGCACAUCUGGACUACAAGCUGGGUGACGAGGCUACAUGGUGUGUGUUUCACAUUCAGAGUGUGUAUAUGUGGGUGUCCAGAGAUGGAAAGCUAUGAAGAAUUCUGUCUGCGGAGUUUGGCCAUACUGCAGGAAGAGGGGAAAUUCAAGAAGACAACAUGUGAGCCACUAUGGUCCCCGAAGGCUUUCUCUCUCAUCCGCUUCCAUGGAAGAGCUGUGCCUUCGCCUACGUUGAGUGCAGAGCAGCGCAGUGAGAUGUGUGACCACAGACAGAGAGCGGUCCAGCUGGAGGUUGACAGGCAGAACAAGCUGAGGAAGAACCUCAUGGCCCGAGUUCAGGACAUACUGGAACAACCUCGGGCACAUGGAGAAUCAAGUAUAGAUGAUGAAAAGCCGCCAGUUUCUAAAUCUGUGAAGGAGAGUGGCUACACCCUGAUCACUGACUCUCCUGGACUUCCCAGAGACCCUGGGUUUGGGCUUCAAACAAGGGAUCAACCAAGCUCUGAGACCCCCAUCAUCAAUGGCUACAAGUCAGUGGGGAAAGUGAUGGUUGAGAGGGAAGAGAACAGUGAGGAUGAAGAUGAAGAAGAGGAGGAGGACAUUAGUUUGGACAGCCUUCUUAAGAGAUCAAGAGAAUAUGUGAAGAGAGAGCAGUGUCAGCAGGGUUCAGAAGUUGUCGCCACAGUCACUGGGACCCCUCUGCUGGAGACUGUCUCUGACAAGGAGAAUAAGAGCCGCAGUCCCAUGGGGAACACAGGCGUUGAGUUUGGAUUCAGUCUGCACCACAGCCCUACUGGCCCGCCUCGGACCCAAAUCCAGCAUCAAUAUCUGUACGACGCCAGUCCCCAACAGACUGGUUGUCUAAAUGACCGGUAUGCUCGGCUCCCCAGUCCAGAGUCCAGCAUUAGUCCCCGUGCACAGAGACGCCGGCCACGUCCAGUUUCUACAGGGAACAUACACAUUUCGUUUCCCAUCAGCCCGGCAGACCUUAUCCCCUGCAGCUCACGGAGGUCAGGGGAAGGUGCUGGCAUGGCAGAUUGGGGAGAAACUCUCUCAGAGGCUAUAAAGUCCCCCGAUCACUGGGGCUCAGUGGGGAGUGACAGCAGUGCUGGUGUAAGCAGUGGCAAUAGUCGACCCAGCCACUGUGGUACCAGCCCAGAUAUCUGUAGUCCCGUUAGUGCCUUAGGGUUAAGCCCGAAUGGGCACCGUGACCAUCUUGCAGCAGGAUUUCGCCGGCGCUGCCACACCUUUGACAGCCAGCUGCAUAGCAAACACUCUGUUGUGGAGCACAUAGGCCACAGCCAGGAGAGGGUUCCUCGCUUCAUGGCUGGAGUCACAUGGAUGGCUGCGAGUGGGCGCACCCCUACAGCCCCUUUAAACCGGUCGUUUGAGGUAGAUAAUCCCUCACUGUGUUUGCCAAGGCCCUGCAUCACUUCUGACUUGGCUCAUGGCACACACAGGAUGGAGGCUGCUGACCCUCAGGACACAAACAAUGGGAGAAUCACACCAACUGUCCUCAGAAAUGCAGUAGAGGCACAGACCAGCAAGACAGAGGAGACCCAGAGGCGAGCACAGGCUCUGGAGGACAUGCAGAGGCGUCUGGAGGAGGAGCAUGCCUUGCAGAUGUCUCUCCUCCUGGCUGAGCAGGAGAAAGAGCAACAGCGCCUCUGUCUGGAACUUGAGGAGACAGAGAAAAGACUAAUGGAGCAGGGCUGUGUGCGGCCUUUGAGUGGGGAGGCUUGUGGGUGGAACUGUAGAUCUGUGAGUGACAGCCGUCCUAUUGUGAGCUCCUCUUGUCCUGGACUAAGCCCUGCCCACACACCAUCUGAGCGAUCACCUGGACACAGUAUAGGUUUUUCCAGCCCCGUAGGUUCCAGUUUAUCCUCUCCCUCUCUCCAGUCUCCUGUCUAUCUGUGGGGGUCUACAUGGGCAGGUAGCAAACCUCGAGCAAGGCUAAGUCUGGUUCUUUCAGCAGAGCAGCAGAGAGUGUUCUGUCGAAUUGGCGCAAUCAUUCGCGGCUUCCUGACUCGCAGAUUGCUCAAAACUGAGAAGAUCAAACACUUGUGCCAGACCAUCAUGGAUACGCAAGAGUUCAUCCGUUCAUUCCAGACUGAAGCUCAUCAGAAGAAAGGCACCUGCUCAGCACAAGAUCGCUCGCUGCAGGAGAGAGUUAGAGCCCAGCUACGUGCAGCCCUUUAUGACAUCCAUGACAUCUUCUUCGAAAUACCUCUCGGAGAUCGGUUAGCGUUGCUGCAGCAGGACAGAGAGCUCCGAGCAGAGAGGAAGCUGCGAGACAUGGAGAAAGCCAAGUGUCCCAAGGAUAGAGCGGUUCUGUCUGCUGCCACACAGAGGUCUCUGGACAGGAAAAAGAGGGUUAGUGAAUCCCCAGCCCAGGCUAGGAAGAUGCAGCAGAAGCCAAAGAGCCCCACUACUAACAGAGUCCUGAAGCCAAGCCAAGGCCAGAAUUCUCCUGUUGCAGGCCAACUGAAUCGCCAGGGCAUUGACCUACUGACUUUGAAGUCAGCAUAAGAUGACGGUGGCUGUUUCCUCUCAGGAGCUGGUACAGAAAGACCCCAGGAGAGAGAGUGAGACGCUCAGACAGCCUGAAGAAGCAGCACUCCCUGGGUUAACUGGUCACUCAACUUCCCUGAACUGUGAGCUUGAAUUGUUAGUCUUUAACUAGAAACCUUAAACCACUGGUUGCGCUGCUAAACCUUCUGAAAUUCAAAAGAUUGUAUUCACUCCCAUACUUAAGCUCACUGAUAUACAUCAUUAGAUGCCUUUGUUUUUGACUGUUUAGCUUGUUGAAAUACUUUGCCAACAAUUGAUUGUUAUCCACAAAACUGAAACGUAGCUUGAUACUGUGUGUGGAUUAUUUAUUGAAAAGGUGGGCCCAUUGUAAAUACCUAUCUGUACUUUAAUGCAAGCUAGAGGAUGGUCAGAGAUCCACAUUUCUAUCUGUGCCUAAGAACUAUGCCUUUGCUAUCUGUGACGUUUAGCAUGCAUAUUUUUUUACAAGUUUAGUUCAUAAACAUGUAGUGAUUAUAGCUGAAAUGUUGAUUAUCAGUGUCAUAAUGAAAGUAGUUGCCAUAAGAAAAAGUGUUUAGGUUAGAAUAACGUUUUUUUUACAAGGGCUUGUAGCUCUUUUAUUAAAUGGUGCUGAGUUAACAGUACUGUGAGACAUUUCAGCGGGUUUCAACAUUUGGCUGAUAUCAAUGCCAAAUACCCACAUUUUAAUCUAAAUGUAUUUGUUUACACACUGACUCUGUUACACUAAUGUAGCUUCACACAACAGGAAAUGCACAGCAGACACAGAGUAAAACAAAAUGAAUGCCCCUGUCCAAUGUAUAGUAAAUGCUGUAAAGUUCUCCAUUAUUCUCCACUGCUUAAGCAUAUUUAUAAAAUAAUAUUUAUGUGCACAAAUAAUUCAACCUCAUGUAAAAGCAUUAGUACACCCACUUGUUUACUUAUAGAUACCAAAUUGACUUAUGUAUGUAGAUGUUGUUUGCUGAUAUUGCUGUACUCUGUCUUUUUUUUUUUAAAGACACAUUUAUUUUUGUUAUUUUA